AUGCGCUUUCGCAAGAUGAGUGUGGCUGGCACCGCGUGGUAUCAUGACCUUGACCUCCUUCAAGAAGCAGCAAAGGACGGUGAUCAUACCAAACUGAUUCACAAAAAGCGUAGUGCCAAAGGGAAGAAGGCACUCAGUCGCAAGUCCAAUGUUUCCGAGGCUAGAAGACAUCCGCCAAGAUCCUCCAUGUCAACAGCGACCGGGCUUCAGGGACUUGGCAUCUCUAUGCGUAAUCACCGGACCACAGACAUGCUUCGAUAUAUCCAGCGCAAGCCUUAUACGGUCUUUGCGCGGAAGGCUAAGAUGUUUAUACUGGCCAUGGCGCUGUGCCAUACAUGUAUCCCCGAGGAUGACGACGAGGGGAACGUCUCCUUCCAAGCGGCCUCUCCUGAUGAGCUAGCUCUGGUCAUGGCUGCACAGGAGCUUGGAUAUCUUGUCCGUGACCGGCAACCAAAUACUCUAACAAUUCGCACAUACCCCAAUGGCCUCGACGGGCCCGCAUGUGACGAGGUUUAUGAGAUCAUGGAUAUUAUCGAAUUCUCCAGCGCUCGAAAACGCAUGUCGGUUGUGGUUCGGAUGCCUGACCAACGCAUCUGCUUGUUUUGCAAGGGAGCCGAUAGCCAUGUCAUGCGCUUGCUCAAGCGUGCCGCCCUCGCACAAGAGAAGGCAGUGGAGAUUGAGAGGCGCGCCAGCAAGCGUAAGGCAGCCGAGGCCGAUCAGGUUAUACGGCGCAAUAGCGAAUAUCACAGCCGCAAGGAUAGCGGCCUUCGGACCAGCUUCAGCCGGCCGAGCAUGUCGAGACGACGGUCAAGCGUCACUGGAGAACCUGUUUCGGCGCUGCGGGAGAGUAUUGAUGUUUGGCUCCGGGACCGGGAAACUGAGGGUGGGCUCCUGACGCGUGGCAACGAUCCUGAGUACUAUAGCCCCCGGCCAUCUGCCCAGUUGGGACGAGCAUCUAGUACUUUAUCGGAUUCGGGAAGCUCCGUGCAUGAUAAUGAGGAAGAAGACUUGGUUGAGGAAGCUCUGGUUGUGAACGAGACGGCUGUCUUCGAAAGAUGUUUCCAGCAUCUCAACGACUUCGCUACCGAAGGACUGCGGACGCUUCUGUAUGGUCACCGGUUUCUCGACGAAGAUACGUACACGAGCUGGAAAAAGGCUUACCUUGAAGCCUGUACCAGCCUUGUUGACCGUCAGGAGAAGAUCGAGAUGGUGGGCGAGCAGAUCGAGGAUCAACUUGAGCUUACAGGCGCUACAGCCAUUGAAGAUAAGCUUCAGAAGGGUGUUCCCGGGGCCAUCGACAAACUGCGUCGAGCCAACAUCAAGUUGUGGAUGCUUACUGGUGACAAGCGUGAGACGGCGAUCAAUGUUGGACACUCAUGUCGCCUUGUGAAAGACUAUUCCUCCCUGGUGAUCCUUGACCACGAGACGGGGGAGGUCGAACGUUCGAUUGUCAAAUUCACCGCUGACAUCACCAAAGGCACCGUGGCUCACUCAGUGGUGGUUGUGGAUGGGCAGACCCUCUCGAUGAUUAUAGCCGACAAGACCCUGGAAGCGCAGUUCUUCCGACUGGCCAUCAUCGUGGAUUCAGUGAUCUGUUGCCGUGCCAGCCCCAAGCAAAAAGCAUUCUUGGUCAAGUCGAUUCGGAAGCAAGUGAAAGACAGUGUGACGCUGGCCAUCGGCGACGGUGCUAAUGACAUCGCCAUGAUCCAGGAAGCCCAUGUUGGCAUUGGCAUCACUGGCAAGGAAGGGCUCCAGGCCGCUCGCAUAUCCGACUACUCGAUCGCGCAGUUCCGGUUCCUCCUCAAGCUCCUCCUCGUCCACGGCCGUUGGAACUAUAUCCGCGUGUGCAAGUACACCCUGGGCACUUUCUGGAAGGAAAUGCUUUUCUAUCUCACACAAGCUCUCUAUCAACGCUGGAACGGCUAUACAGGUACUAGUCUUUACGAGUCCUGGAGUCUGAGCAUGUUCAAUACUCUCUUCACGUCCCUUGCAGUCAUCUUCUUAGGCAUCUUCACCAAGGAUCUUUCCGCCUCCACCCUCCUCGCCGUGCCCGAACUCUACACCAAAGGCCAACUCCAUGGAGGGUUCAACAUCCGACUAUACAUUGGCUGGACUUUCAUGGCCACCUGUGAAGCCAUGAUCAUUUACUUCUUAAUGUUUAGUCUCUUCGAGAAUGUCAUGUUUACACGUACUGGAAGCGACAUCUUCUCCGCCGGUCUCCUCACCUUUACCGCCUGCGUCAUCGUCAUCAAUACGAAACUACAGGCUCUCGAAGUACACAACAAAACCUACAUGUCUCUAGCGGUCUGGAUCAUCUCCGUCGGCGGUUGGUUCUUGUGGAACCUGAUCCUUGACCUCCGCUACAACCCUUCCUCCGGCGACGGCAUCUACCAUGUUCUAGGAAAUUUCGUCCACGUUUCGGGUCACGACCUAGCUUUCUGGGCCGUAUUGCUCGUGACGGUCGUGAGCGUGGUGACCUUCGAAAUGACCGUCUCCGCCCUGCGGGCCCUGUUCUUCCCCACGGACGUCGACGUUUUCCAGGAAUACGAGCAGGACCUGGACAUCCGCAUGCGGUUCGAGGAAGCGGCGGCCUCCGAACUCCAGCAGGGCUGGGACCACGGCAAGAAGAAAUCCAGCUUCGAACUCGCGCGGGAGGAGGAGGAGAUGGAAGCCAAGGAGCGACAGGUUCGGGAGCUGCUGGCUCGCCCGCGCGUCAUGGUCUCGCCCACCGCCGCAGCGAAGACCGAGGAUGGUCCGGUCGCGACCGAGCUGGAGGUGAAAGAAGGCGACCCGCAUCAUCCCCACAAGAGCGAUGGACCAGACGAUUACGAAGUUGAGAACAACCCAGAGGGCACGAAGACCCCGCGCCGCUCGGUCGAGAUCCACGAAUUGUUCUCCAAGGGUUACGGGGCCAUCCGAAAGGGUCAGCUGAAGUAA